AUGGCGCUUCCUACCAAAUACCAAAAUGGCAGCAUUGACUCCUCUACCAAGGGGGUGUACAGAGCGUCGCCAGUCAAGCUCAUGAUAUACGGAAAUGGAACAAGCAGCCAGCUUUCAGAUGUCAUUGCCGAGCUCGGUGCUACGAAAGCCUUCAUCAUCACGGGCCGCUCAUUGUAUGAGAAGACGCCUGUGAUCAAGGAUAUUGAGAAAGCACUUGGUGCUGCACACGGUGGUACAUUCAGCAAGAUUGGGCAGCAUGCGCCAAUCGGAGAUAUCAAAGAAGCCACAGCCUUGAUGGCAAAGUCGGGAUGCGAUGUCCUCAUUUCAAUAGGUGGUGGAUCGCCUAUUGAUUCGGCCAAAGCAAUUGCGUACAACAUCCAUGAAGAGACUGGAAAGUGGAUACCGAGUAUCGCCGUACCGACAACGCUCAGUGUAGCAGAGACGACACAAAACGCUGGUUUCACCACCGAAGAGAAGCACAAGAUCGCCGUGAGCAACCCGGAACUUGUACCAAAGGCUGUCGUUUACGAUGGCGAACUGGCCAUAUACACGCCUUUGAACCUAUGGACAAGCACAGGAAUCCGAUCACUGGACCACGCAGUUGAGCUGAUGUACCACCCUCUGGCUGCUGAGAUCCCUACGAAGCGCAUGUCUUUGGAGGCUAUCAAAGAUCUCUUCACAUACCUGCCACAAUCAAAAGCUGACCCCAACAACGCCGAAGUGCGAACAAAGCUCUUCGUCGCGUGUUACUCCUCACUUUUCCCUUUCCUAUACACCGGUGGAGUUGGUCUCAGCCACAGCAUAGGUCAUGCAAUAGGUGCUACCUAUAGCAUCCCGCACGGUAUCACCAGCUGUCUCAGUCUAGCACCGACGGUACACUUCAAGGCUAGCAAUCCAGAGGAGGCGAAGCAAAUCGCGAGGAUUAUUCCCUACAUUGGCAAGCAAAGUACUAGCAGCGAUGAGAAGGACUCGCAUGUUGUUGCAGACGCUAUCGCUAGCCUCGUUGAAGAGCUGGGCCACAAGACUACCCUGACCGCUUACAAUGUGCCGACCGGCGAUGCAGAAGAAGAAGCCAUCGCAUCGCGUGCGCUACACAGCAAAGAUCACAAGGAUUUCGCUAACUUAAAGCAAAUCGUCCACGACCUGUACUGA